AUGAGAGCUGGAUUUGACGUGGUUCAAGGUGCUCUUGAGUUGAUCCAGCCCCAUGAACAAUGGGACUACAACAACACUCUUGGUGCUUAUGUCACCUCAACUGCGACAACUUCAAGCUCAUUGAAUGGGGGAACUGGGUCGGAUGAUGUUAGGUCUGGUGAGCAGGGUAAUAAAGGGUUGAAUUUGAUUGCGCUUUUGUUUGAGUGUGCGGUUGCUAUUUCGGUUGAUAAUUUGGGUGAGGCUCAUAGGAUGGUUCUUGAGUUAACCCAAAUGGCUUCUCCUUAUUCACCUUCUUGUGGUGAGAGAGUUGUUGCUUAUUUUGCAAAAGCCAUGGCAAGUAGGGUUGUUAACUCGUGGCUAGGGGUUUGCUCACCAUUGACUAAUCACAAGCUCAUUCAUGGUGCUUUUCAAGUCUUCAACAACAUCUCUCCUUUCGUCAAGUUUGCUCAUUUCACCUCUAACCAAGCCAUUCUCGAGGCUUUUCAACGUCGAGAAAGGGUCCACAUAGUGGACCUUGACAUCAUGCAGGGUUUGCAGUGGCCAGCACUGUUUCACAUAUUGGCCACACGAAUGGAAGGGCCACCGCAUGUGAGGAUGACUGGCAUGGGUACUUCCAUGGAACUUCUUGUGGAAACAGGGAAACAACUCUUGAAUUUCGCAAAACGUCUGGGAAUGUCUUUCGAGUUCCAUCCUGUGGUCAAGAAAUUCGGAGAUGUAGCUGAUCUCUCCAUGUUACAAAUCCGAAGAGGUGAUGCACUAGCUGUACAUUGGCUUCAACAUUCGCUUUAUGACGCUACAGGGACUGACUGGAAAACCAUGAGACUCCUUCAAGAACUCAACCCUCGAAUCAUCACCCUUGUCGAACAAGACAUAUCCCACGAAGGUUCAUUCUUGGAUCGUUUUGUUGGUUCCCUUCAUUACUAUUCUGCCAUAUUCGACGCUCUUGGAGCGUUCCUCCCAAGCGACGACAACAGUCGCCACCGUGUUGAGCACUCGUUGAUCCAUAGAGAGAUCAACAACGUUCUUGCGGUGGGCGGACCAGGGAGGAGCGGUGAGGAUAAAUUCAGAGUGUGGAGAAGCGAACUUGGGAGAAAUGGGUUUUUGCAGGUACCAAUGAGUGGGAACUCACUGGCACAAGGUCAAUUGAUUCUUAACAUGUUUCCACCCACACAUGGAUAUACGUUGGGUCAAGUGGAUGGGACGCUUCGGUUAGGGUGGAAAGAGACUGCUUUGUACACUGCUUCUGCCUGGACUUGUCAUGUCUCAAGAUAA